AUGGCUUUAUAUGAUACCCUCUCAAAAACAGCAAAGAAAACAAAUCAAGACUGGAAUUCUCGUUAUCUGGACACAUGGUUGCUAGAGAUACUAGCUACGCUAUUUAGCAUUGCCUGUCUUACUGCAAUAUGCGGUAUUUUAUUUGCCUAUGACCAACAGCCUCGACCCGAGUUUCCAUACGGCCUAUCCUUGAACGCGAUUAUCUCAAUACUGGCAACGGGUUGCAAAGCCUCUUUGAUGUUUGUGAUAGGAGAGGCCGUGAGCCAAUUGAAAUGGAUCUGGUUUCGUAUAAAGCCGAAGCAGCUCCUUCACAUGCAGGCUUUUGACAAUGCUAGUCGGGGACCCCUUGGGUCGAUCAUGAUUCUAUUCCAACACAAAGGACGGUCACUCGUAUCGUUUGGCGCAGUGAUCAUGAUUCUCUUACUUUCAUUCGAUCCAUUUGUUCAGCAGAUCUUGAGCUAUCCUACUCGGUCGGCGGCUAUUCAUGAUGGCACCGGGGUCGCAGUAACUAAGAGGUUGAAGUAUUUUCUUCCAGAAGUAAACGAAGUACAGUGGAAUUUAGCCUGGGUAUCAGGAGUCUGGUCUGAUGACAACACGUUCCAUCCAACCUGCUCGUCCGUGAACUGUACCUGGCCUCGGUACCGGUCUAUUGAAGUGUGCAAUCAAUGCACUGAUAUCACAACAUCUGUGUCGUUGGAUUGUCACAAGGACCCCCGAAACGAUGGCUUUUGGAAUAAUUACGAUAGCGAAUCGGAGUCCUACAAUUAUAAUGCAUCAUGUCACCUUACCCCUUCACAAGGGAUGUCGACCAAUUUUCUCGUCAAAUUCGGAAUCGCAUACAAGAACUCGAGUGCUGGUCGUGUGGGAAUACCAGAAAACAUCACCUGGCAUAUGUAUUCUGCUUUCGAUCAGAACGCCGACAUUGAAGUAUACCAACAUGUGGACAAUCUGACCUUUGCCGGGGUAGCCAAUCCUUUGGUGGUGUUCGCGUACGCUAAAGUUGGGUAUGAUCCAAGUCACUUCGACUCAGAUCCAAUCAAGGGAAUUACAAUCGAUAAUGUGACCGAGUGUAGCCUUGCAUUCUGCCUGAACGAACAUGAUGUUUCAGUUAACAACGGUGUUCCUAUGACCAAUAUCUCAACCAUCGACUAUGGUCAAUUGUUCUGGAGAAAGGGGGACUUUGCGGGAAAUCAAACUCUCUGCUGGAGGCCAACAUCUAGCCCAUCAAAUAUCACUUUUGGGGAACAUUCUGCACACAAUGAUUUGCUCCAAUUAAGUCCCGUUGAAUUUGCAUUCUGUGGGAUUCGGCCAGGAAUACCACUAAAUGUGGGCUUUUUUGUGGGAUCUUCAGCUUUUGUCUAUCACAUGUGGGACGUUCACAGCUAUCCUGCCUCGUUUAAACUUCCUGAUCCUAAUACAGAGCGCAUUGGAAUUGCCGGUCUUGAAGUCAUCAUGUCUAACGUUGCCAGCUCUUUGAAUAAGAUGGCAUUACAUGCUAGCGGCGAAGGUGUAAAUGGUACAGCAUAUGCUAUCGAAGUGUUUGUGAAAGUACAGUGGGCCUGGUUAAUCCUGCCAGCUUUGCUAGUGGUUUCUGGGAUGUUGUUUUUCGUCUUGACCAUUCUUGCAAACAAGAAGGGCAGCACAUCGCUGUGGAAGUCGUCCGUUUUGGCCCUUUUUUAUCAUGGAUUACAUGAAAUUGAUGUCGACGAUUACACGACUGUCAGUAAAAUGGAAAAGAAGGCAGAAUAUAUGAAUGUUCAGCUUCAAUUCUCCGAUCAAAAAGGCGACCUGAUGCUAGAAAGAAGGGGGAAUAACAUAGCGAAACCAAUUCAGACGAGGGAUUUAGGAGGCAAAACACAGUGGGCCCGACGGGUCCCCAUCCCCUCUUCACCCCACGUAGAACUAACCAGCAUUAUGGGACACUCUUGCUGCGGAGGCACACCCUCUCAAACAGAUGCGACUCACGAGGUUGAGGUGGAAGAACCCGAUACUUCUUCUGCGGCUUGUUAUGGCGGUGAGCCCAUGAAGAAGUCUGGUCAAGAGAGCUCUUGCGAAGAACAUGCUGUCCAAACCAACAAAACGAGUAACAACAAUAACAAUGCAGCUUCCUCCGCUGAAAUUGCAGAGACUGGGUGCAAGGAGCCCACUGAUUUUUGCAAGGGUAAGGCUCGACCAAGGGCUUGCGAGGGAGGCUGCUGCAACGACCAGUCUACCGAGGCUAUUGGUAAAAAGGAUGUCCCUUCUUGUGGUGCUUCUGCUUUUAAGGAAUCUUGUUGUACAGGAAAUCCUACCACCAAAGCUGGGAAGUUAGACCGCAGUGCCUCCUGGUCCAACGCCUCAAACGAACCUGCUACUUCAGUUGAACCUAUCGUGGCCGAGUGCUGCGAGGGCAAGUCUUCGCCCUGCUGUAAUGAGACCUGCCUCGACCGCCUGGCUCUACGUGAGUGUAGCAUGGAGCCAAGCACCCAUUUCAUGGAAGCAGAUGGAUACUCUUUUCCCUCGACAUCUAAACCGGUAGAGGGUGCAAAGCUCAACCGCAGAGCUUGUGACCGUCACCAUCGCACGGUUAGAGAGCAAUAUGCCGCUAGGCUUACAGCACUCGGGUGUAUCUGCCGUGCUCUUCUUGCCCUGGGCAAAGAAUCAUGCUGCGAGCCUCGAAAGCGCACUUCGCUGGUAAAGGGGCGGUGCUCUGAAAGACCACUGAAACAGUCUCUUUCGCGCGACUUGGUUGAAUCUCGCCACACAAAUGGCACGUCUACAAGUCGAUCGCCGCGUCGAAGUACCGAGCAUGGCGGAAAGUACAACGUUGCAUGUGGUAUUGAAAACAGUGCCAGCAAAGGUUCCUGUUCCAAAUCUUGCUGCAAAUCUAAUAUUACCACAUCCAGCGUCAACUUCACCGAUCCCUGUGCCCCCAAACCCAAUGAAAUAAAAGUCAAGUCAGCGGAUGGUUCCUGCGCUGAUAUUUGCUGCACCCCGAAAAAGCCUAAAGACAAGAAGAGUGGGAAUGUUAGCAUUACCCCCGAUCUAGAGGGUCAGGCCAUAGGCGUCGAGCACGUGGUUCUUUCGAUAUCUGGUAUGACUUGCACUGGCUGCGAGACGAAACUCAACAGAACCCUCGCAACGGUGACAGGUGUAAAGAACUUGAGGACAAGUCUGGUUCUCUCUCGAGCUGAAUUCGACUUGGACCUCAAUCUCUCAACUAUGGACUUUAUUAUGAAACACUUGGAGCGGACCACAGAAUUCAAAUGCGAGGCCAUCACCAGUAAUGGGUCAACUAUGGAUAUUAUCGUCUCUGGAGAUCCAUAUUCGAUCGUCAACCAGGCUUGGCCAGAAGGCGUGAGUGACAUAUCGCUCGUCGAGGAUUGUACUGUUCGUGUUUCUUUUGACCCGGAAGUGAUUGGGGCACGAGAUCUUAUUGAAAAAUACUGGGGCGACACUGCAAAGCUUGCCCCCAUCUGUGCUGAUCCAGCACUCGCAGCUGGAAGCAAGCAUGUCCGCCAUUCCGGCUUCAUGACUCUCUUAUCUGCAGUCCUCACCAUUCCAGUCUCUGCCUCACUAGCUUUGGCUACUGUUAUUCAGGUUGUGAUAGCAGGGCCUUUUUACCCUAAAGCUUUGAAGGCUCUUCUCUUUUCGCGAGUCAUUGAGAUGGAUCUUCUUAUUGUGCUGAGUACCAGUGCGGCAUACAUAUUCUCUGUGGUGUCUUUCGGCUUUCUCAUCGCUGGUAAACCUCUUUCGACUGGCCAGUUCUUCGAGACAAGCACCCUUCUAGUUACAUUGAUCAUGUUCGGGCGAUAUAUCGCCACCCUUGCCCGCCAAAAAGCGGUGGAGUCAAUCUCUGUUCGAUCCCUUCAGGCCCAAACUGCCCUUCUCGUGGACAAAUCAAACUCUUCAGAGCCCAAGGAAAUCGACGUUAGGCUACUGCAAUAUGGAGACACAUUUAAAGUUCUUCCUGAUGUGAGAAUCCCAACCGACGGAACUGUCACAUCUGGUUCAUCUGAAGUAAACGAGUCGAUGCUCACUGGAGAGUCUCGACCCGUUGAAAAAAAUCCCAAAUCGCGUGUCAUUGCAGGGACAAUCAACGGGUCGGGAAGUCUAAUGGUCAAGCUAACUCGCCUCCCGGGUGACAACGCCAUCAACACCAUCGCCGCCAUGGUCGAUGAAGCCAAGCUUUCUAAGCCAAAGAUCCAAGAACUUGCCGACAAAGUGGCAUCCUACUUUGUUCCAGUCAUUGUGGGCUUGACUAUCAUCACAUUUGUAGUCUGGGUUGCUGUUGGCAUAGCGAUGCAAGGCAAGACUGGCUCCGAAGCAACCAUUCAGGCUGUCACCUACGCCAUGACCGUGCUUAUCGUCUCCUGUCCUUGCGCCAUUGGUCUUGCCGUGCCGAUGGUGGUUGUAAUCUGCAGCGGUAUCGCGGCGGAGCGGGGGGUGAUAUUCAAGUCUGCGCAUUCCAUCGAAGUCGCCCACAAGGCCUCGCACGUGGUCCUUGACAAGACAGGAACCCUGACCCAAGGAAAGCUCCGCGUAGCCAUUGAGCACUACCUUGGAAACGGAGAAUCAAGUCUGUCACUCCUUUUGGGCCUGAUCGGCGACAGUAAGCACCCGGUUUCGGUUGCUGUCGGUAAUCAUCUUAGUCACAAGGGAAUUGUUGCUACAGCUGUCCCCGACGUCAAAAGCUUGACCGGCCGAGGUGUGGAAGCGAAACUAGGCAGUCAAACGCUGCAAGCUGGGAAUUCUCGCUGGCUAGAGCUUUCCACGCACCCCCUGGUGCAGCCGGUUCUCUCGCAAGGCUAUACUGCGUUCUGCUUUGCCAUCGACGGCGCACUACUUGCAGUAUUCGGUCUCGAGGAUUCUCUCCGAGCUGAUGCAACCCACGUGGUCAAUACCCUACAGAGACGCGGCGUGUCAGUUCAUGUGGUAUCGGGCGAUGACGAUGGCGCUGUGCAAAACGUGGCCACAAAGUUACAAAUCCCCGAGGGCAAUGUUCACGCUCGUAGCUCUCCGGCGGAUAAGCAGGUAUACAUCAAAAAUCUGCUAAGCAAUUGUUCGGAUGGUAAGGUGCCAAUUGUCAUCUUUUGCGGGGAUGGCACCAAUGACGCCGUCGCGCUCGCCCAGGCAACCAUCGGCGUUCAUAUGAACGAAGGUAGUGACGUUGCCCAGUCUGCAGCUGAUGUCGUGCUUAUGCGUCCAGAUCUGUCUGGCCUUCUCACCAUAAUGGAUGCUAGCAAGGUCUCUGUGAGACGCAUCAAAUUUAACUUCGUUUGGAGCUUUGUGUACAACACAUUCGCCGUGCUCCUUGCGGCUGGGGCCUUUGUGAAUGCCAGAAUUCCGCCCCAGUUUGCGGGAUUGGGGGAGCUAAUCAGUGUACUGCCCGUCAUCAUCGCCGCUGUGCUCUUGCGGUGGUCUAAGAUCUAG